UUUUGUUAUAUAAUAUAAUUACAAACACAAUGCAAUAUUAUCUGUUUUUUUUUCUUAUUCAAAUAAUAAUCAUAUAUACUAUAUUAUCAUAUAUACUAUAUAUGAGCCAUAUAAGUAGCUUAUACUCCUUGUGCUCAAGAAAUUUGUUUUCCAUAGGUUGGCAAUAUUGGUUAAAUGUAUAUACAAUUUGUAAUAUAUUUACACAAUAUUCCAACAAAUAUAUUCAUCGAAAUUUAGAUUUUUCUUAAAGGUUAGAAUUGUGUAUAUCGUGCAAUAUGAUAGCGUGUAAGUACUAUCGUCAGGGCAAUUGUCGUUAUGGACAAUAUUGUCAAUUUGAACAUUUUAACGCUUUUGGAAAUACCAACAAUAAAAAUAAUAUCACAGCGGUUGUUGUUGCAAGUGAAGUACUUAUUGCAGAGAGGGGUAAUCAAUGGUUAUUAUCAUGUUUUGCCCCUUUCAAAGAGCGACCUCAUAUACCUGGCAUGGAGGAUGUGUCACCUGAAGAAGUUAGAUGGGAAAUGUAUCAAGCACAAAAAAAUGGUGUUGUUGAACAAGCAAAACUUCAUUAUCAACAAUUAUGUGAUGAUAUGAAAGCAAAACGUGAUGCUUUAAAAAAUCCUACGCAAGAAACUGUAGAUAUGUUAAAAAAAAUUUUAGGUGAUGGUCAUAAUACUGAGACAACAAAUAAUACAUCUAAAUUUUCUUUUGCAACUUCACAAACCUUAAUCUUAAAUAGUACUACAACUACUAAUGUGUUUGGUACUAAAUCAUUUCAACCAAGUCAAAAUAACACAUUUGGUAACAGUUUUGGUACUUCAAAUAAUCCAUCUCCAUUUGUAAGAACAAAUAACUCAACAUCAUUAUUUGGUGCUAGCUCAACUUUUGGUAACAAUGCAUUGACAUUUCCUAAUGUAACUAAUUCAAAUUCAGUAUUUGGUAAAACUGGAAAUACUUCUGUAUUUGGCACUGGACAAAAUAAUCAAGCAUUUGGUUCAGUUCCGCUACAGAAUAAUUCUAUUUUUGGUGGUGCAGCAUCACAAACAGUAUUUGGUCAACCUAGCAAUUUUGGUACUACCACUCAAACAACUAAUGUUUUUGCCAGACCAAGUAUAUCACAGACAACAACAUCGGUAUUCGAUAGUGGAGCAGUACCUUCUAAUUCUUUAUUUUAUACGCCUCAAUCAAAUACAUCCUUGUUUGGUGAAAAUAAACCAUCUACUACUGGUCCAUUUGGGGAAUCUUCCGCUAUACAAACAUCAAAUUCUAUUUUUGGAUCAACUACAUCGUCAGGAAAUUUGUCCACUAAUUCAACAAGUAUUUUUGGACAGCCAAAAACUACUACAGCAUUUGGAAGUCCACUAGUAUUUGGAGCAAAUGGAUCAUUUCAAAAUAAUUCUACUCCAUCAAUUUUUGGAGGUCAAACAUUUAACAAAGAUGCACAAGUGCCUAGUGACAACAUUUUUGGUAGAUUUAUUACAUCAUCGAAUUUUGGUACUGCAAGUCAAGGAACUAAUGUUUUUACAAAAACUACAAGUAAUGUAGGCCUUUUUGGAGUCCCUCAAAAUGCUCAACCUAUUAUUCCAGCAACAAAUGCAACUUCAUUUGUCUCAGCAGCAACUACAACUAGUAUUCCUUUUGGUACAGUAAAUUCACAAAUUGAUCCUAAGAAUACAUAUGCUAUUGCAAGACCAUCAUUUGGUAUAACAAAUACAAGUAGUCCAUUAAGUAACACAGUUACUUCACCUACCAUACAGUUUGGAGCAACAACAGGAACAAGCUUUAAUGGUACCACAAACAUAUCAUCUCCUUUUACUAUACCUUCAUUUGGAGGUUUUACUUCUUCCUUUAUGCAAACAAACACAACAGUUACAACUACUACAACAAAUCCAUUUAUCUCACAACAAACUAAUUCAUCUUUCAAUGGUGCAAUUCAAAAUCCAAAUGGCACAGUAAAUGAAUCGCUUGUUACAAAUCAACCUAAUGAGAAAUCGCUGUUUACAUUUGCACAAAAAAAUACUGCCAUUGAUGAUACUAUUUACUCUGAAGAAGUACAUUUAACUGAUGAUGAAAAGGCUAUGUAUUUGGCAGACCAAUUUGUAAUUGGUAAAAUACCACUAAAACCACCAUGUGAAAGUAUGAGGUAGUUGUAACUGUACAUUUAUAAAUAUAUAAAGAUGUGUAUUAUAAAUAUUUCUAUAAAAAAUAGUAUCAAUUUGUCAUUACAUUUUUAUAAAAUAACAUAAUUGUGCUAGUUCUUAUAGAUAUUAAUUAUAAUUUACUUCGACUAGAAUAAAAAUAAACAAUUAAAUAAAUACAACUAAUUAUUGUGUAUUAUGUAAUAUUAUGUAAUAUGUAUAAAAAUCAUUUUAUAAGAUUUGUAAUGUAAUUUGCUUUAAUAGUAUCUUAAAUAAUAAAUUUUAUAUAUUGAUAUUUUUGGAAUGGAAA